GAAGCAACGUCGUGGAGGAAAUCUACGGCUCAGCACCAGAACGCCCUUUCGUGGAGACCUAAUCUGUCCCUGACUGCCGUUUUAUCACUUCCCCGCGGGGUCGGGUCAUGGACAUCACAAACAUCCUAAAUAGAAAAGGUUCUACCGCCAUGGUUGCCGCAGACACACCCUUCGAUCCAGCGCACCUGGUCCCGAACCCUGGUAUGGAUCAUUCGCCCAAGAUGAAGGCGGAGCCUGGCGCCGAGCCUGGCGACCAGCAGGUUCUUUCGUACCCCCAUCAUGCUCAGCUGAGUCAAAUGCCGAACAUGCAGCAAGAUAUGCGCUAUGCGCCGCAGGCUCAUCCCAACCAAGGGUUGCCUCUUUUGCAAAACACCUUCAUUCCCGGAGCAUACGCUGGCGCUGGUCAAUUACCAGCCAAUGUUCCUCAGGGACGGCCGGAUCCACCUCCGAAGACCUUCCACUGUGGAACUUGCAGCAAGGGAUUUGCUCGUCGUAGUGACCUUGCACGUCACGGUAAGCACAUCCUUACACCUCGCCAAGCAGUUGGUGAUUUUUCUAACUCCAUUGCAGAGCGCAUCCACUCAGGCAUCAGGCCCCACGCGUGUGAUUGGCCGGGGUGCGGCAAACAAUUUAUUCAGCGCUCGGCCCUGACCGUGCACGCUCGCGUCCACACUGGCGAAAAGCCACACAUGUGUGAAAGAUGCGGCAAGCCUUUUAGCGAUUCGUCGUCUCUUGCUAGGCAUCGCCGGAUCCACUCCGGAAAGCGUCCUUACAAGUGCCCCUAUGCCAACUGCCAGAAGACGUUCACUCGCCGCACUACGUUGACACGGCAUCAAAAUCACCACACUGGGACCAUUGAAGAGGCCGCUGCCGAGACUGAAGCCAAUCUGAGGCAGAACAAGGAGCGGGCGAGAGUCUCAGGGGAUAUGUUCUCUGACCAUUGCUCAGUUCAUUCGACCCCUUCACCAGCGCAUCAUCCUGUUUCGCCUGUUGGCGAUCUGCCUCCGUUAAAUAUGCCCCGCUCCGACUACUACAUGACCAACGGUUCCAUUCCGCCCCAUGUCCGAGGUGGCUUCCCUCAGGUUAGCCCCCGAGCUUCUCCCACGGCCACGUCGCCCUCCUUGUCGAGCUAUGGCAGUGCUCCGCAUGUUCGACCUUCAAUGACUUCGCAUCCCUCGGGCUAUGGGCCCCCUCAACCGCUUGAGCCGCCUGCCAACAACGAUCACCGGCCCAACAGCGUCAGUGGUAGCCCGCAUAUGACUAGCUUGGGCUGGGCUUCCCCGUCGCAUUCCAGCAUCCCUUCUCCCGGCUCUGCUACCGACUUUGGUUAUCCUGAGCCGAGCGGUGCGGCGUAUGCGAGCUCUAUGCCUCCCCACAUGUACUUCCCGAGCUCGACCAUCAGACGACCUGCCAGCACCGAACCGGACAACUAUGAAAUGAAGCCUAGACUUGGUGACAGUGCAUGGUCCACUCCAAUUUAGUGUGGCAGUCUACUGGAUUGCUUGAGCAAACGGCAGGGCCGUAUGUUUGAAGUAUUCAAGUGACCGGAAGCCAUGGAGCUCUCCAGAGGGAUGACUUGCAC